AUGGCUUCUAGCGGUGUGGCCUCAGCGAACAGACAAUUGUCUAGCAAAACCUUCGAUUCCGCGCUCGAAGAUGCUCUUAGAAAUAAUACCCCUCUAUUAUCCUGGAAGUCUGCCUUGCAUCGGUUAGAUACGCCGCGCUCGUCUGUCGCAGUUCGAAAUCUGAAAAGCUGGCUCCUCUCCUCUCCCCAGUUAUCGUCCCUGACUAGCUCAUAUGCCGCUAUCCCUCCACCCAAUGCUGCGAGCCAGCAGGCCUUCGAAACUAAAACAUCCAUGAUCAAUAUCACUGCCGAUAUCCUGAUUCCCAUAGCCGAUAUAAAAGAAGAUGCUUUGUAUCUUAGCAAAAGCAUAGACCUAGAUGAAUUGGAAGCGCUCCGAAUAUGCAUUCUAGAAUACCAGGAGAGGAGCCCCGCUCUUGCCUCUGUAUCUAAUGAUACUACUGAUAACCAACAGGCUCUCCUAUCGAUGUCGAUGUUUACAAAAUCCACCAACAGGCUGAAUGCUGCAUCCGAUAUCCAAACCCCGGAAACGCAAAGAAGGGACAGACAACGUAAUCUUUAUUUUUCUGAGAGACGUUUUAAAAUAAAAGUUGCAACUUCACUUGUGCGAAAUGUAGUCAACUAUGAUGCAAAGGCCCCAAGGAAAACCCCAUUCUAUGGUACUGCAAAAAAGAUACUCAGGAAGAUGAUUGGAGAAGGCAAAAAAGAUGGCAAGAGCGGGUUUGUUGAAGAACUUAUCGCGGACAUCAGCAAUUCUAUCAGUGCCGCCAAGGUCCCCAGGGCAUUUUCAGAAGAUAGACCGCAGAGUAAAUUUGUCGAAAACCGUGGGCACUGGGAACGACAGUUAAGCAAACCGCUCAAUUCCACCCUCCAGGAUUUCCUCAAUGCCAUUAUACCACUUGGAGCAAUCGUAUCCUUCGCCAUGCUUUCGCUGGACUCAUUAGAGGCACGGCUUACCGGUAACUUCACAUCCUUGGCGAAGGAAAUCGAACCAUCAGCUUCAUUGUAUCUCGAAGAAGCGGAAGCUGUUGGUCUAGUUCACGAGGUUCUGCUCGAAUAUGUAGGAGAACGGUGUUACUUACCUGCAUCCCUUGCGGGUUGGGCGUGGGCUAUUAUCCUGCGGACUUAUAAUGACAUCCAGGAGGAUGAAUUUGAGUUCUCAAACAAGGACCUAAAACAGCCAGGGACACCCUUACAGCGGAUUCACAAAAUUAUGGCAAAUAUAAUGGCGUCUUCAACUCAGGCCGAAGGACCAGCAUUGUAUCUAGCGAAGAAGGCGCUAAAAGCUAAUAUUCUAAAGACGGUUGAAAACCUCGUCCACGGGCUGCCAGGAGGGGGCGGGUGGUCACUUCAGAUGGAAGAAGAUGGCGAAAAGAUGAGGCAAAUUCUUGCUGGGUUGAUGCGGAUGGGAAUGGAUUUGCUCGACUGGGAUCUUGGAGCGAUAGAAGCCUUCGUCGCCACACACAAAACAUUAUCUCCGUUGCGAAUCCGUAAUAAAUUUCAAAAACUAGGUGGUGAAGAUGGAGAGGAGGAGAAUCCCGACGAAGAAGAAGAUCCUUCAGCAAACCGAGAUAUCACGAAAAGUUCAGAGGCGGCCCUCUCUCGAGGUGUAUGGGCGGAUAGGACGGUCAUCGAGAGAACUAUUCAUAUAGCGAGGGCCCGUUUCCCCUACGAGCCUAUCCCAUUUUGCGCUAUCCUUGGUGCUACUACACCUCGAGAGAUUGUCGACGAGCCGUAUAACCUCGGAUUCAAAUACCUAGAAGACCACAUGGAGUCCUUUACCUAUGCCCUACCACCGAACUUCCGUGGUACAGAAGUGGACGAGAACGACGCCGGUAAAAUUGUCCUUCUUGAGGACUUAAUGGUUGUUGAGGGGCGACGAGAGGACAGUGGCGGCGCCUUUAUCCUACCAGCCGGCAUAUUUGGAAGGAUUAUCAGCAGUGGGGUUAGUCCUCCUAUCGUUCGGUGGGAUUAUCGCUACUCAGGUGUUGAAUUUCUUGGGCGGCUUCUGGAACGGACACUGCUCGGUGGUACCCUACACGAGCCCUCUCUCGCCAUUGAGAUUUUGGGUAUCUUCGAUAACAUUUUAGUAUCGUAUCGAGACAAACCAGACAAUUUGGGAGAUUUUGAGGACAGAUUCAAUGCAACCAACUUUUUGGAGGGCGCAAGCAAUAUUCUGGCCCCUAAUAGCGACAUAAUCAGUGUCAUUUUGGACCUAUUUGAAGCAUCUUUACCAUUGUCCGUCAUGCUUAAAUCAGUCGAACUCUCUUCAGCUUGUCUUCGUGUUAUCAUCACGCUUAUCUCAAUUGUUCCUGGGAGGAUAUGGCCUUUGCUCGGCCGCUCAUCCCUUCUAGAGAGAAAUGGGCGAGGCGGUCUCUUAGGCAAGAUCUUGGAAUCUGUUGAGAUCGUCCAAGGGAAAUACACGUUCCUUCUAACAACAUUUUCGAUGUAUGAAGCACUGCUAUCGGAUGCAAUCGCCGGUGUAGUCUUCAGCGGCACUAUCGGCUCCCCCGGUAGUAUAGUAUCUGGGGCAGGCGUGGGAUCCGGAAUCAGUAAGGAGAUGCAGGCCUCGAUCCUCCAGGAUUGGACCAGAUUCUGGUGCUCUAUCUUCGAAAGCUUUACCACCUGGAAAUACCUCCACGUUGAUGAACGGCUCAUGCUUAACUUUAAGCUCUGUACAACCUUUUCUCGGGUCCUCAAGACGGUUUACGGGGUUGCUUCUGAUGAAAAUCAGGGCUAUGGUUUAUUUGAAGGGCUGGCUCCGUCCGUGUCAACAAUCUGCAGCACUUUUUUCAACCCGGCUAUCACACAGGCCGUGGACCCCCUCCUAUUGGCUAUCAAUGAAGGCUUGGAAACUAAAGACUCUACAAUAAACAAUCUGUUUAUCUUAGAUUGGAUCGACAGCAUAGUAGCUUCUUUAGAGUUUAGUUCUACGGCUCUCAAAGUGCAACACCUUCAGAAGAAAACCCCAAGUUAUCUCGAAGGGAAACUCUAUGAGCGGUCUUUAGAUCUAAUUGCGCUUUACGAGGUCGAUGAAACCUUCCGACGCCCUGUUAUAGAAGUACUGGAUAGCCUCCUUGAUGGCUCCGGGCUUUGGGUAGGAGAACCGCCUUCGAUUCUUGGGCAUAUAGGCUCAUCUGGCGCAAACCACCUUCUGGAGUUGAUUCAGAGGCUUGGUGGAAGACUAGGUGACGAGGAACUUGAGGUCUCCAUCUGGAAAUUCUUUUGUACAGUCAUCGCGAAUAAACAACAAGGUUUAUCUAUCAAAUUAGUGACCGGUAACAACCUCGAGGUGCCCAAUCCGACACGGGGCACGCCGGCGAGCCUACCAAAACGUGCAAAGUCUAUGCUAGCAUCGGCAUUGGAAACUCUUGUUAACAUUGAGUCACUACCCGGCUCGCUUCUAAUAUCGACGCUACAGGCUGUUUCAAUUGCGCAGGACUUUUGGGGUCCCAUCAUCAGCAAUCUACCGGAUUAUCCGGAGUUUCUCAAAGCAAUAACAUCUUACAUUGAGAAAGUGGUCGUCAAUUAUUCAGCGAAGACACCGCCAGCGAUCACGGAAAGCUGCAACAAAACGGCGGCGGCGGCCUAUAUAGCACAGAUCCUUACGAUGCACCUUUAUCAAAUAAGAGCAACCAAAUCCUCGGACCCGAAAACAAAGGAGUUUCUCGUAUCUCUUCUCCCAAAGCUCAAGUUCUACAUCGACCACGGCGCGGUUAUUCGAGGCUACAAAGCAAGCAUGCAUGGGCUCCUCUCCCUGAACCUCCAAAACAAGUGGCCCAACUGCCACCUUGAGAAUUUCCGAAAGAGUUCGAUGCAGGAAAGACGAUACGGUACUAAUUAUUUCUAUGACAUUGAGCUAGCCGAGCAUAUUUUAAGAUGGGAUCGUGGUUGGAAUAGCAUAAUAACCCGGCGUGCUAGCAACAAGGUCAUUGAAAUCAGAACGGGUUUUAAGCUUGAUGUUGAAGCAGUAAAUCUCAAUCUAGCAUUGAUCGAUUCUCAAGUGUUCCUCUUUGAUAUGUGGGCGAAUCUCGCCCUAGAGUUAACAUGUCAUAAGUUUUUCCAGAGUGCCGAUGGAUUCAAUACUUUGUCAAGAGUAGGCCUUGAUACCUUGAAGGCUACAAUUGGGGAGUCUACACCUCCCACAAUCUCGCCCAUCCUGAAUACGAAGCGAACUAGUUUGGCCUUUUCGCUCUUCCGACGACUUGGAGCCAUCAACCUUAACCAAAACCAAGCACAGGGGUCUUUCUCCAAGAUUCUGGAAACGACGUGGGAUGUUGCUGCUGCCGCAGAAUCUAAUUUCCUUUCGGGACUUAGCAAUGGUGGGAGCGAAAAUUCUCGCAACUUACUCCGACUCCUUUAUUUGGCAUUAAAUAUGUGCUUGAAUUCUAAAGAAGACCCCUCUCCUCGAGUGGUUUAUUUACUGGUUGGAAUUUUUGAAGUUGCUGUCGCCAGGGCAUUCAAGGUUCUAGCCAACGCAGCUUACGAGAAUUCCUCACCGUCCAUCGCUGGGGACAUGUUGGUUGUGAUUGGUAUCUUACAAACGAUUCUCUCAUUUGAUGGGCUUGAGCCGGUUUACGAGCACCUUGUUAGUCACAUCGCCAACCACGGCACGAUCCGAGUCGCCACGAUCCUUUUCACGUGGGCUUCGAAGUUGGUGGAUACGCCUGCGGAUGUCAAUUCGACACCCGACCCCUUAUACGGCGAAAUUAGCAUAAUGUUUCUCGUAAAAGUAUCAGCACUGCCGGUUUUCGCUGAACAGAUUGCUUUGAACUCCGUGUUUAACUCUCUAAGUGAAGGCGACCUUGCGAUGAAAAUUCAAGCCGGUCAAUUACUUCCAACUACUACACCCCGCCUGCAUAAUAUUUGGGCUAAAGGGUUUCUCCCGUUGCUCUUGAAUGUUCUUUUUGCCCUCAAGAAGCGUAUCGCUCCGGAAAUCGCCAUGUUUCUACGAUCAUUCAACAGGCAAAUUCUUUCGACAAUUACAUAUCUCAGUAAGCCUGAGUAUGUCGCUUUGUCACAUUUGGAAGAGGUGACAGAUCUAGUAGCUAUCCUAGUCCUACUAGAUCAAAUGGGAUCAUCGCCCGGUGAUGAACUCAUGAAUAGGGUACGGUCACUUGACACUGCUUGCGAACAGAUCGUCAGCCACAAGGCAUGGUUAGCUAAAGUCCUAGUCGCUACGAAUGUGGAGGAAGACUCCCUGCUACAAGAUAUACAAGACGGAAGUAAUAAGCUUUCUACAAAGGUCGGAAUGCAAGCAAGGUUGAUACAAAGGCUUAUUGCAUCAGUUGACGGCGAAGAGGAUUAG